AUGGCCUUGACUUACCAGCAGGUCAAGCUGGUCAGGGACACGAUCCCAGCCCUUACCGAGCAUGGAGAGCGCAUCACAACCACCUUCUACCGGAACAUGCUGACGGACCAUCCGGAACUCCACAACUACUUCAACACUGUCAACCAGGCAAACGGCCGCCAGCCCCGUGCCCUGACUGCCAUCAUCCUCAGCUUCGCCAACAACAUCAACCACAUCACCGAGCUCAUCCCCAAAAUGGAACGCAUGUGCCAGAAGCACUGCUCGCUCGGCAUCCAGCCGGAGCACUACGACAUCGUGGGCAAGUAUCUCAUAGCCGCGUUCGGGGAAGUCCUGGGGCCCGCCAUGACGCCCGCCGUCCAGAUCGCCUGGAACAAGGCCUACUGGCUGCUCGCAAAGAUGCUCAUUGGGCGAGAGGCUCAGCUGUAUCACGACUGGCAGCACUGGCAGGGAUGGAGGCCGUUCCGCAUCGAGCAGAAGGUGGAGGAAUCGGACGACAUCUACUCUUUCUAUCUCGUCCCGGAGGACGGCAAGAAGCUGCCGAGCUUCCUGCCGGGCCAGUAUGUCUCUGUGCGAAUCCAGGUUCCGGACAAGGACUACAAGCAGCUGAGGCAGUAUUCGCUCAGUGAACAGCCGAGGCCGGACUACUAUCGUAUCACGGUGAAGCGGGAUCGAGGCUCACAGACGGUUCGGCACCCAAGCUAUCUGACAAACUCCUUUGGCGCCAACCCGGGCGUCGUCUCCAACGUGCUCAUUGACCAGAAGAACGUCGGGGAUAUCAUUGAACUUACUCACCCCGCGGGAGAGUUCUUCCUCGACACAUACAACACCUCGAAUUCUCCUCUUGUGCUCAUCUCGGCCGGCGUGGGCGUCACUCCCAUGGUAGCCAUCCUCAACUCUGUCAUUGAGAAGCAACCCAACAGGCCGGUAUCGUGGGUCCAGGGAUCCCGAGACUCGAUUCCGUUCUUCCUCCAUAUACGGAAGAUUGCCCGAGACAAGCCCAACGUCAAGACGAACAUCUUCAAGACGCGCCUGGCCGAGUCCGAUUUAGCGGGCGUCACGUAUGACCACGACGCGCGGGUCGAUCUGGACAAGGUGCAGGCGGAAGACCUGUGGCUGGGCAACUCGUCGACGGAGUACUUUAUCUGCGGGCCGGAGCAGUUCAUGAUGGAGAUGGCGAAGCGGCUGAGGGAGUAUGGCGUUGGGAGCGAGAGGAUUAAGCUUGAGCUUUUCAGCACGGGCGAUACCGAGUUCCAGGUGGAUGCUUUGAGUAUUGCGUCUGGACGUUCAAUGGCGGCGACGCCUUGCAGUAGCAGCAACUAA